UUUAUUCUUAAAAAAACAGCUUGUUCAACUGACCACAUGGCCCCACCCGCUCAGUCUCAGCCUCACUGGCACUGGCUGCCUCCAUGCAUAAAAACCCCGCUCCCACUGUGCCGCGCCACGGCUUCCUCUCGACGUCAGUCACAAGCGCCUCGCCUCGACAGGUGUCGCCCGCCUCCGGCCAAUGUGACUUGCGGCCGAAGCUGCGCGCGCGCAGGGGGCAGCGAUGGUGGCGAGGUGCGCGCACGCCGACGCCGGCGGGUUCCGGCUCUGGCCGAUCUUCUCGGCCGCCGCGCUGCGGAGGAAGGUUCUUGAGGUCCUGACGUGCGGCGGAGGCGGUGGGAGAGGAGGAGGAGGAGGUUCUUGCCGCGGCAGGACCGCGUACCGGUCGCCGCAGCGGAUGCCGAAACCGAGGCCGCGGUCGGACAGGCUCGCGGAGCUGCUCAGGGCGGAGCCGUCGGAGUGCGGCGGCGACGUCGAGGCCGAGGCGGACGCCGUGGCCAGGAAGGUGGAGGCGCUGGAGGAGCUGAAGGUUGUGGUGGGGGCGCUUCAGGCCAGCAGCAGAGGCGAUCACGGAGGGUGCAUGUCCCAAGUCGAGGCGGCCAUGGCGGUGCGGAGGAAGGCGAAGGACGACGCCGGCGCGAGAGAGAUGCUCGCGAUGCUCGGCGCCAUCCCGCCGCUCGUCGCGGUGCUCGACGAGAGCGACGGCGGGGAGGAGAUCACGGCCGCUGCGAUGUACGCACUGCUCAACUUGGGAAUCGGCAAUGACACGAACAAGUCGGCGAUCGUGCAGGCCGGCGCCGUCCACAAGAUGCUCCGCAUUGCGGAGGGCGGCGCGUCCGGCACACUGACGGAGGCCGUCGUCGCCAACUUCCUCUGCCUCAGCGCGCUCGACGUGAACAAGCCCGUGAUCGGCGCGUCCGGCGCCGUCCCCUUCCUGGUGCGCGCGUUCGAGGGCGCGUCCACGGAGCAGGCGCGGCACGACGCGCUGCGGGCGCUCCUGAACCUCUCCAUCGAGGCGGCCAACGCGCCGCACCUGCUGGCCGCGGGGCUCGCGCCGGCGCUCGUGGCGGCCGUGGGGGACACGUCCGUGACGGACCGCUCGCUCGCCGCGCUUUGCAACCUCGUGACCGCCUGCCCCGAGGGCCGCCACGCGGUGAGCCGCGCCCCCGACGCGGUCUCAUCCCUCGUCGACGUGCUCAACUGGUCGGACGAACCGGGCUGCCAGGAGAAGGCCGCGUACGUGCUGAUGGUCCUGGCGCACCGGAGCUACGGUGACCGCGCGGCCAUGGCUGAGGCCGGCGUCACGUCCGCGCUCCUGGAGCUGACGCUGGUGGGCACGGCGCUCGCGCAGAAGCGCGCGUCCAGGAUCCUAGAGAUCCUCCGCGCCGACAAGGGCAAGCAGGUCGCGGACGCCUCCGGCGUCGUGGCCACGGUGUCGGCGCCGCAGGAGCGCGGGUGCCGGGAGGAGGAUACCGAGGAGGGGGAGCCCGCGGACGCCUGCAUGAGCGUGGAGAAGCGCGCCGUGCGGCAGCUGGUGCAGCAGAGCCUGCACAGCAACAUGCGGCGCAUCGUGCGGCGCGCGCGGCUGCCGCAGGACCUCACGCCGGCGUCGUCGGAGAGCCUCAAGGCGCUCACCGCCUCCUCCACAUCCAAGAGCCUGCCGUUCUGAGACAGAACUCCUCCUAGAGAAACAGAGGCAAGAAAACACAGGUAAAAGCACAAGCCCAUUGCCGUUCCUUCACAGCUAUACCUACGCCAUUUAACUUGAGCAACACUGUGUCUCGUUGAACCAUUAGUUGAUCACUCAACUACCACAUCAACAUUGAUCUUGCAUUUUGUCUGUCAUUGCGGAUCACUGACUGAAUCAUUGCCUCAUGAAGGGUACUACUAAACAAGAAGUCUAAUGAGCCAUGGAAAUUUCCAUUUGUCCCUUCCAAACACAGUUCCACUAAUCAGCCAAACCCAUUUUUGUUUCUUCAAUCUUUGACCACUACACCACCAGCAGUUCACCAAGUCCAACAACCACAAGGAGCCCAAUUUUUGAACUGUCCUAAACCGCAACAAUGGCCAUUUCCCACCUCGGAAACCGGGCCGCAAGAAGGUCAAGAAGCCUUCUUCUCCUUCCUGCGUGCCACGGAAACCGAGCAUCUCCAAGAAGAACGCUAUCACACACGCUAUCUAGUAGUUUUUGGUCGGCCGAAAAAACGCCCUCGAACCCCCGCUAAAAUAGCGCACUCUCCAUCGCCGGCCUCUCUUCUCACGCCAUACCCCAACUGCCGCUCCGCCCGUACGCUCGCGCCACCAUCCGGAUUCCGGAGCCCGAGUUCAUCGUCGCCGGAUUGAGUUCCUAUCCGCCCAAAUCGAGUUCCUAGUCCUCGGAUUGAGCUCGCCCGUCUUAUCCGAACCCCCCCCCCCCCCCCCGAUUCGUCCGAUCCCCCGCGCGAUUUAACGAAUUGGCGGCGAGAUCCGCCCGGCUCCUGCCCCGAUCUGCUCUGAUUCGCCCCCCGCGCCGUCUGAUUUGGUUGGUGCAGGCCUUGUUUUUCCAGCGGAGCGGAGGAGAUGGCGGAUUGAGACGACGGCGGCCAAGUCGGCGGAGAAGGACAAGGGGAAGAAGGGCCCCGUCUCCCGCUCCUCCCGCGCCGGGCUCCAGGUCAGCAGCGGGCUCCCCCCCUUGCGCGCUCUGCUCUCCGUUUCGGCUCGCUUGCUUGGCGCGGGGUGCUAGCAGCGCACAUUAUUAUGUUUGUUCCGGGAGGUUUUGCUCUCUGUCUUCAUUAGGGGUCCUUACAUUCGGGAUGAAAGCAAGCGAUGGUGAAGUAAAUUUGGGGACAUUAGAAAUGAUUACGUAAUUGCAUCAUCAAUCAAGCGUGGGUGUUGAUGAUGCUAGGGAAUUACUUGGAGCAAGCUCUCUGUGAAAACAAUUAUUGUAGUUUGUCCAAAAAAGAAAUUUUGGACCUGCUGUGUGAACAGUUCCUCUUUUUUCCUGCAAUCUUUCUCUAACAUGCAGGAUGACGUAGUGUUUUGGUUUGGUGAUUGAUCCAUCAUGUGUAUAUGCGUUCUGUUGUCAUAUCAUUUUCAAUACCAGCUGAAUCUGUUUGUCAUCA